AUGGCGACAGGCCUGGAUGAUCUGGGAGUCUUCUGCUCGGAUCCUCUUGGAGGACCUAAUGUCCCCGCCGGAGCUGGUGGAGACUACACCCAGAUGAAGACCCGUUUCAGGGAGUUUCUUCGUGAAUACAGAACUACUGAUGGCUCAUUCAUCUACAGAGAUGGUAUUAAACGCGCGGUUGAUACGAAUACGAACUUUAUCGUUGUUAAUCUUGGCCACAUGACAGGAUUUGACCCAUCGCUGGCAGAAACUAUGACAAAGCGCCCCUCCCAGGCUUUUGAGAUGCUUGAAGAAGCAGCUAAACUUGUUGCAGAUGAACUCACCCGACCUCGGCAAGACAAUGAGCCGAUCGACGAUGACUUCCAAGUGCAGCUUAUUUCCGGAGCCGAGCCCCGUUCGAUCAGAGAGCUGUCCGCUUUAGACGUUGGAAAACUAGUCAAAAUUCCAGGCAUUGCCGUUUCCUCUUCACAAGUCAAAGCAAAGGCUUCAAUCCUGUCCCUCCGCUGCAGAAGCUGUCAGCACACAAAAUCCAACAUUCGAAUCAAGCCCGGUCUUGAAGGAUACGUUCUGCCACGAAAAUGCGAGGCCGAAGCUUCAGCAUCACGAGAUCCCUGCCCACUUGAUCCUUAUAUUCUUGUACCAGAGCUUUGCAAAUGCAGAGACUUUCAAAAUGUUAAAAUGCAGGAGUCCCCUGAUUCCAUUCCUACAGCUGAAAUGCCAAGACAUGUGGGUCUUUACAUGGAGCGCGAGCUUGUUGACCGCGUUGUCCCAGGAAAUCGAAUUGAGAUAACUGGAAUCUAUCAAAUCCGAAGGCAACAAGUUCAAGGACCAAGAGGCCGGGAUAAGAAAACUGCCGGUGGAGUUGGUAUCAGACAGUCGUACAUAAGAGUGCUUGGAGUUGAAGUGGAAUCGAACGGGCCAGGAAGAGCUGGAAGUGAUAGAAAUCGAUUUACAGAAGAAGAGGAAGAAACACUGAGAGAGCUCGCAUUGAAGCCGAAAAUCUACGAUAUAAUCGCCAAAUCUAUCGCUCCGUCGAUUUACGGUUGUGAAGAUAUCAAACGAUCAGUCGCUUGCCUCCUCUUCGGUGGCUCGCGAAAAGUACUUCCUGAUGGAAACAGAAGAGGUGAUAUCAACGUUUUGAUGCUUGGUGAUCCUGGUACUGCGAAAUCGCAGCUGCUCAAGUUUGCUGAGCGAUGUGCACCUGUUGGUGUUUAUACAUCUGGAAAGGGAUCUUCUGCUGCUGGUUUGACGGCGGCGGUAGUGAGAGAUCAACACAGAGGAUUCGCCCUCGAAGCCGGAGCGAUGGUCCUCGCUGAUGGAGGUCUAGUGUGCAUUGAUGAGUUCGACAAAAUGAGACCAGAAGACAGAGUUGCUAUCCACGAAGCCAUGGAGCAGCAGACCAUUUCCAUCGCCAAAGCUGGAUUGACAACUACCCUCAAUACGAGAUGCUCAGUUCUAGCAGCGGCGAACUCUGUUUUUGGAAGAUGGGACGAUACAAAGGGAGAGGAUAAUAUCGACUUCUUGCCGACAAUUCUCUCACGAUUUGAUAUGAUUUACGUCGUCAAAGAUAUCCACGACGCAACCCGAGAUGCUACUCUAGCUAAAUACGUUAUGAAUGUUCAUACAGGAGCAGCGAACCGAGAAGCGGGAGAGGACGAGAUUGACAUGCCAACUCUGAAAAAGUAUAUUCAAUAUGCGAGACAGACUUGUGGACCGAGAUUGAAUGGAGAAGCUACCAAAAAGCUCCAAAAUCAGUACGUUCUUAUGCGUCAAACAAUGACGGAAGGCGAACGCGCUACUGGCAAAAAGGGAGCCAUUCCAAUGACAGUUCGUCAGCUUGAAGCCCUCAUUCGAAUCGCCGAAUCACUCGCAAAAAUGAGGCUUGCACCGUUCGCCACUGGAGCCGACGUUGAUGAGGCUCUACGACUCUUUAGGACUUCAACAAUGGCGUCUGCUUCGGCCGGAGCUUUGUCUGGAGUUGAGGGAUACGAAACCGCUGCCGAUGCAGAAGAUUUGAACAGAAUCGAGCGACAGAUCAAGAGACGCUUCCUUAUUGGCUCUCAGGUCUCUGAAAAAUCAAUCAUGAGCGACUUGACAACUCAGAACUACCCCGAGCGCUCAGUACACAAAGUCCUGCAGAUCAUGAUUCGACGAGGCGAAGUCCAGCAUCGAAUGCAGCGACGCAUGCUCUACCGCGUCAAAUAG